AUGUUUUUCAGCCAAGUUUUGAGGUCGUCUGCUCGUGCUGCCCCAAUCAAGAGGUAUACGGGAGGUAGAGUAGGUGAAUCAUGGGUGAUUACGGAAGGUAGAAGGCUCAUUCCAGAGAUUUUUCAAUGGAGUGCAGUAUUAAGCGUUUGUUUGGGUUGGCCUGGUGCUGUGUACUUUUUUAGUAAGGCAAGAAAAGCAUGA